AUGCCUUUCCACGAAUUCCAGGUUGUUGGUCGUCACGUUCCAACUGAAAGAGAAGCUCACCCAAAGCUUUUCAGAAUGAGACUCUUCGCUAAGACCUCAGUCCAUGCCAAGAGCAGAUUCUGGUAUUUCUUAUCAAAGAUCCAAAAGAUGAAGAAGGCCACCGGUGAGAUCCUCAACGUCACUGAGAUCUUCGAAGAGAAGCCAUUGCAAGUCAAGAACUUUGGUAUUUUCAUCAGAUACAACUCCCGUAGUGGUACCCAUAACAUCUACAAGGAGUACCGUGACACCACCCGUGUUGGUGCUGUUGCUCAAAUGUACGACGAAAUGGCCUCCCGUCACUCUGCUCGUGAGAAGACUAUUCACAUCAUUGAGAUCAAGGAAAUCAAGGCUGCCCAAGCCCGUCGUGCCAACACCAAGCAAUUCCACGACUCUGCCAUCAGAUUCCCACUCACUCACCGUGUACCAAGAAAGUUACCACAAUUCAAGUCAACCUUCAAGGCCUCAAAACCAAAGACUUUCUAA